UCUCUCUCUCUCUCUACAUCUAUAUAUUAAACAAAAUAUGAGUACGUUAAAGCAAAGGAGUCUGUCAUUGAUCAUAAUUGUUUUCAUUGCUUUAUUGGUAUGGUGUUCGUGCUUAAAACCUUGCCAUGCUAGACAAGGGAAGCAAUAUUAUCACAAAAUAGCAUCAACUGAUAAGCUUGGCGGCGGUAGUACUGCAAACUCUGCCAUUUUUAAUGUCUUGCAUUAUGGAGCCAAAGGUGAUGGACGAGCAGACGACACAAAGGCGUUUGAAGCAGCGUGGGGAGCAGUUUGUAAAGUGAAGGCGUCGACACUAACGGUUCCAUCAGGGUCCGUGUUCCUUGUCAAACCAAUCUCAUUCUCUGGUCCUAAUUGUCAAUCAGACAUUGUAUUUCAGUUGGAUGGCACGAUUAUAGCUCCAACGGGCUCUGCAUCUUGGAGUUCAGGUCUUCUACAAUGGAUUGAUUUUACAAAGCUAGAAAGAAUCACAAUCAAAGGAAAAGGAGUUAUUGAUGGACAGGGCUCAGUUUGGUGGAAUGACUCCCCAACAUACAACCCCACAGAAGAUUUGGAAGAAAGUAAAAGUGGGAAAAUGCAGGGCACCAAACCAACGGCUCUGAGGUUCUAUGGAAGUAAUGGUGUGACAGUGACUGGGAUAACUAUUCAAAACAGCCCUCAAACACAUCUCAAAUUCGAUGAUUGUACUAAUGUUCAGGUCUUUAGUGUUAGUGUUUCUUCCCCUGGUGACAGCCCUAACACAGACGGUAUUCACUUGCAGAACUCUCGUGAUGUGACCAUCUAUGGCAGCAAUCUAGCAUGUGGAGACGAUUGUGUAUCUAUACAAACCGGAUGCUCAAACGUGAACAUACACAAUAUCAACUGUGGACCUGGACAUGGGAUCAGCAUUGGUGGUCUAGGGAGGGAUAAUACUAGAUCUUGUGUGUCAAAUGUCACUGUCCGGGAUGUCAAAUUACAAAAUACAUUAACUGGAGUUAGAAUUAAAACAUGGCCGGGAGGCUCAGGCUCAGUGCAAAAUGUUAUGUUCUCUAAUAUUCAAGUAUCUGAAGUGGAAACACCAAUCAAGAUAGACCAAUUCUACUGCGACAAGAGCAAAUGUUCGAAUGAGACCUCAGCUGUGGCAGUUAGAGGCAUACAAUACAAAAGUAUUACAGGAACUUACACAAAGGAACCAGUUCAUUUUGCUUGCAGUGAUAGUUUGCCCUGCACUGGAGUGUCUUUAAACACCAUACAGCUGAAAUCAGUCCAAGAAAGACAGCAAUUAUCUGGCCCUUUCUGUUGGAAGGCAUAUGGAGUGCUUGAGACUGCCACUGUACCUCCGAUCGAUUGCUUGAACUCCGGCACUACGGUUCAAACUAAGAGUGAAUCUUGCUGAGUUGACUAGCUUACGCAACUCAAGUAGAGUUCUUAUAUGGAAGAGGUUUCAAUAAAAGUAAUAGUAGUAGAACUUCUAUAUGUAUACCAACCAGCUAAUUUAUAUUUCAUGUUAAAAUAUACAAUGGAUUUACUGCAAAGUUAGCACAAUCAUAUAUAUAUAUAUACUAUAUACAAGCAACUUGUAUCUUGUAUGUUGCUUAGUUUUAUGUAUAGAAUCUAUUAAUUAUAUUGAUUAAAUUUGUAUU